AUGUUCUGGCCGGCAAACCUCACGCACGUGGUGCGAGACACGUUGGCACACCGAUCCACCUUCAAGUACGCGUUUGGGUUCACGCCCGCCCUGCUAGACGCCAAGCAGCGAGAGCAAGACAAAGGGGAAGAUGGAGAUGGUACGGCUGACGGGGUGGCUGGUGGUGAGGCAGACAUAGAUGCUAGUCUCAUGCCACCACCACCACAACAACAGCAACAACAACAGCAGCAGCAACAACAACAACAACAACAACAACAACAACAACAACAACAACAACAACAACAGCAGCAGCAGCAACAACAACAGCAGCAGCAACAACAACAACAACAACAACAGCAGCAACAACAACAACAACAACAGCAACAGCAGCAGCAACAACAGCAGCGCGGGCUGAAGGUUGGCGUGGUGGUGGAUGCAACGCGUUGGCGGUGUCCGUUUGUUGACGAUUUCAUUGCAACAGCAGAGGAGUUUUUCUUGCCGGGACACGAGCUGCACUAUUUCGUCAUCGUGAGCGGUGAUGAUCAUGACAAUGACGGUGAUGAUGGCGGUACUGGUGCUGAUGCACGUGUCAAGGGUGAAACGGGCUCUGACGCCAGCAAGAAGAGCAGGACUGCCAACAACCACGCGCAGAGUGGUGGCAGCAUCAACAGUGGGAGGAGUGGCGGUGCGCCUGCCCGGGCCGUGUGUGGUCGCAUCUCCAUGCUUGGUCCUCACGAGCGCACACAUGUGCUCCGCACACGUGGACGCGACGCUGAUACUGAUACUGAUGGUGAAGAUGUUGAUGCUGAUACUGAUGGUGAAGAUGUUGAUGCUGAUACUGAUGGUGAAGAUGGUGAAAAUGGUGGUGGUGGUGGUGAUAGCGGCAGAAGGCGCCAUAGCAAAGGCACGUCUGCAUGUGACAGCAGCAGCAGCAGCAAGAGCAAGGUGUCUUCUGCUUCAUCUGUGCGCCCUGGUAUCACGCGUGUGGAGGAGGCAUUGCGUACGCACAGGACAAUCUUGCGUCACUCGGCAUUGCUGAAGGAUAUGGCCUUUGUGUAUGUGUUUGACGCUGCGGUUGUGUUCACCAGCACAGUGCACGAGGAAGUGUUUGGAGCCACGGUUGGCGUUGCACACCCGGCCUUGUUCGGCCUCCCACCACCACCACCACCCUCAUCAUCACCCCCAUCAUCAUCAUUGCCAUCAUCAUCUUCUUCUUCUUCAUUGAUGCACAGCAUAGCAAACAACAACAACAACAACAGCAGCAGCAGCAUCACGAGUGACAUGCGCAAAGGCGGUAGAGGUGCAUCUCGCCAUAUGGCCGCUGCCACGACCGCUGCGCCGUGCUCCUUUGCCGGUGGGCUGUUUGGCGGGACAUUACAUGGCGUUCUCGGCAUUGUUGAAGAGUUGGUGGAGCUGAUGACACAGGACACAUGUAUCGGCGGUGGCGAUGGUGUGGGCGGUGUGAACAGCAGUCGUGUUCACCAUCAUCAUCAUCAUCACCAGCAGCGACAUGAUGACGUGACCGCGGUGUACAUCAACCGCGUGUUUGCACACCGCCCACCAACCAUUGCGUUGCCUGCCAACUACUACUACUUGGAGCCGCCCUGUGAUCUCUUUCCACAGCAGCAAGGCCGGGCGCCUGGGUCUACGCAGCACACGCAAGCGAGGUUUGACCUCGUUUACCCGCCGCGCAUUUUGAAUGUGCGCUGCAGAAUGCUGAUGGACCAAGGCAUCGGCUUUGCAGUCGGGGUGUGAUAUGACAUCGCCAUGGAAGGGUUGGAAAGCAAAAGCAACGUGCAUGAUGGAGCCGCUUGCUCGGGUGAUGGCACUACUGUAAUCUAUUCUUGCU